AUGGCUCUAAGCAAGACCAUUGUCUUUCUUUCACUGCUUACAACUUCUGUUCACGCUUUUGCGAAUCCAGGGCGCUGCUCGGGAGAAUGCGUUGUUCAUGACCCGAGUGUGAUUCAGAGAACCUCUGAUGGUCGGUACUUUCGUUUCUCGACCGGAAACAAGAUCUCAUACGCCAGCGCGUCUUCGAUCGCUGGUCCCUGGACGGGUCUCGGAUCUAUGCUUCCAUCCGGGUCUUCUAUCAACCUGGCUGGUCGGAACGAUCUUUGGGCCCCCGACGCACAUUUUGUCAAUGGUGCAUACCACGUAUAUUACUCGGUGUCGACGUUUGGCUCGCAAAAUUCGGCGAUCGGUCUGGCCAGGUCAGCGACAAUGGAACCCGGUUCCUGGACUGACCUUGGUAGCACCGGGAUUGCCUCAUCCGCCUCAAAGCCCUACAAUGCCAUCGAUGGCAACUUAAUCAACGCGGACGGACUCUACUACAUGAACUUUGGGUCGUUCUGGCAUGAUAUUUACCAAGCGCCAAUGGACUCGGCUGCAACCAAGGUUGCCUCGUCCUCCUAUAACAUUGCGUUCCAACCGACAGGUACACAUGCAGUCGAAGGAGCCUACAUGUACCAACACGGCAACUUUUAUUAUCUUUUCUACUCGUCGGGCAUCUGCUGUAACUAUGACAAAACCAGACCGGCGCCCGGAGAGGAGUACAAGAUCAUGGUCUGUCGGUCAACCUCGCCGAAAGGUGGAUUCGUGGACAAACGCGGCAUAGCAUGCACGAACGGCGGCGGCAGUGUUGUCUUGGAAAGUCACGGAACCGUGUACGGACCAGGUGGACAGGGUGUAUUCACCGAUUCUAGCCUCGGCCCAGUUCUCUAUUAUCAUUACGUUGACACUACAGUGGGAUUUGCGGAUGGUCAGAAACGAUUCGGGUGGAAUCAGAUUGACUUUUCGUCUGGAUGGCCAGUUGUUUAG